AGAGGGGGAAAAGGAUAUUCAAUUAAUAUAAAUCCAAAUAUUUAGAUAUUUUAUGAAUACAUUUACUUGCAAUUUCAUAUGAAAGGGGAAGGGGACUCCCCCAUAUUCUUCCCGCUACAACUGGCCAGUGUUUAUCACCAUCCAGCUAAAAAUUCACUCAUAUACAUGUACAUAGUUUAUAUAGGCAGAAAAAAUACAGUCUUUGAAACUAUUUUACAUCUUUAGUAUUAUUAAUAUUAAUUGAAACUAAAUGGAUAUUUAGAAAAAAGUUUGUAGUCUUUUACCAAAAUUGUAAAUUUGAUGAUCUCUGGGGUAGGGGUUCUGACCCCAGCAUGGGGUCAAACUAGCAUGUAGUGUAUAGUAAAUGUAUUUAUGUGUAAGUUUGCUGAUACUGUGUAAAAUCUAAAUGCAUAGGAAUAGCAGAAAAGGAUGUACAAAAAAUGGUGAAUUUCAAAACCCAGGGUUUUGACUAUAAGAUGGGUCCAAAUUAGUCAUAUCUUUUAAUGUUAAUUCACCUAUUACAUUAUGUAAAUCAUUUCAUCAGUGUGUGCACUUUUGAGGGCAUUGAAGUUUUAAGAACACAUCUUGUUUUAUACUGUUGCUGAACAUUAGAAUUUAGCUUAAAUAUUCAGAACAGGAAAUGUUUUCUAGAUUUCAUAGCCCUUGGGAGUAGUGAUACUUUUUCAUUAGUGCUCAGGUGACCGAUAAGGCCUGUGAGCCUCUUGUUUAAAGAUUUCUAACAUGUUGAUAUUUGUUAUGAUAUUCCAUAUAUCCUGAAUAUUUAAAGAAAAAAGAUCUAGAAGGCCUUUUCCAUUUUGUUUUAAAUUUCCUUACCCAAUGGCAGGGGUUUCUGACUCGGGGGCGAGCCCCAAAUAGUCGCAAUAGCUUUACAUGUAAUGUGUGUAAUGAUUGAAUAUUUUCAUUUUUAUUUGUGCUGAUGUUGAAUAAGAGCUAAAUGCAUAUUUAGGAGGAGCGUGAAGGGCUCUACCGAAAUUGUAAAUUUCAGAACCCCUGGGGUAAAGGGUCUUACUCAAGGGCGGGCCUAAAAUAGUCAUAUAAUGUUGAUAUAGAAUAUAUCAUGUAAAGUCUUUCAUCUGUAUGGGCAGUUUCGGGGGCAUUUGUGUUUUAAGAGCACAACUUGUUUUAUACUGCUGCUGAAUGGAAGGUGAAGAUAACGAACAAUGAUCGAUCUCAUAACUCCUAUAAGCAAUACAAAAUAGAGAGUUGGACAAACACAGACCCUUGGACACACCAGAGAUGAGCUGUAUGACGAAAAGAAACGUCUCUGUUGCGGGGAUAAGACCUAUCCAAUUUGGGACCGUUGGGACAGAGCCAGAAAAUGUUGUGGAGGUCAUCUGCACAACUCCACUAAAGACAUGGAUUGCUGUGGUGAAAGCCAAUACAACACAACAACACAUAUUUGUUGUGAAAAUAAAGCUUUUAAAAAAAUGAAAGGCAUCAUUUGUUGUCUCUCGGAAGCAUACGACCCCACCACUCACCACUGUGUCGACGACAAAGUUCUACUACUGACACAAGGUAUCUGUAGUAACGUUACAUACAAUACAUCCAGCAUGAGGUGUUGCGACAACCGAGUUCUUCACAAUAUUUCGGUAUAUACCAAUCCUGUUGACUGCUGCGGAACACAGGUGUAUUCCAUUAACACACAACAAUGCUGUCAUGGAACCAAUAUCCGGGCACCUAAAAAUGAAAAGUGCUGUGGGCAAGGUUCCAUAAAUACGUCUCUAUAUAUCUGCUGUAAUGGGGUGAACCAUUCCCGGUCGUCUGCAGAAUUGGUCUGCUGCGGAAACCAAGCAUUCGACAAGAAUCACGAAGGUUGUUGUGAAGGUACUAUCUACAAUCAGAAAGACCAGCAUUGUUGUGGUUUGACGCGGACAUGGCAAAAGCGGGGCUCUUGGUUACGAAGCGAGCGCUCUACCACUGGUGACAGAAAUAUAGCAAAGCUCGACCAAAAGUGUUGUGGAAUUCACGUGUUCGACCCAACGACUGAAUUAUGUUGUAACAACACCGAAACACCCAGCGUCAUCAGCAGAAAUACGACGUCAGGUGUUACGUCACAGUGCCCGCAGUACAGGGCUACGAACGUAUGCGGUUCAACAGCCUAUGACAUGAAGUUAGAUUUGUGUUGUAAUAGUAAAGUCUACGAGAACGGUAUUGCACGUGGUAAAGAUUGCUGUGAGCUGGACGGGUCCCCGUAUUGUGCUCUUAAUGGAAAAAUGAUGAGAAAGAGUAAUCAGCCUCAAGCAAGCCAGAAAUACGGAGUCUGUCGAAUAUGUGAUAAGAAAAUCCCUUCAUUUCUGGGCCUGAUCAGGGGAAGAACUGUGUCAGUUUGCGAUAAACAAGUUUUUAUGUUCAACGUUACUUCGGCUGUGCGAGCUGGGAGAUUCUGGUUGCUAAACUUAACAUCAGAUGCAACAGAGAAUACUGAAAAACAAAGAAAGAAAGAGAUCAUGCUUAGAGUGUUGGUGCCUUGCAAAUGCUCACAGCUCGGAAACACAUCCGCACAAUAUGUACUGCUGACCCGCAGCGCAGUUGUCCCGGGGAGACUGCUGCGGUUGGGGGAUGAUGAUUUUCUUUUGCCUAAAAAAGAGAAAGCUUCCAGCAUCAUUUUCAGAAUACAAGCAAAAUGCAAACACAGUAGGAAACAGUUUAUUGAAGAGUUGAAAAAGAGAAUGAGGAAGAGGGCAGACAAGAUUUUACAUGAACUUUUACAACUAAAAAUCCGUUAGACGUUGAAUGUUGGUUUGUGAUAAUUGUCUUAAUUUAUAUCAACUUUGUGGUCAUCUCUAGAUGUUGACACAUGAAUAAUUUACGUAUAAUUUUCUUUUUUCUUAGUUCUCCUAAACCAAAGGCUCAAGUGAGCUUUUCUGAUCAAGAUAUGUCCGUUGUCAAUCGGUGUUGUGAACUUUUAUUCAUUUUAUUACUCUACAACAUUUAUAUAGCGCAUUAUAUAGUUCUACAAUUACUCUAAGCGCUGUACAUAAUAUAUAUUUACACAAAAAUCAUGGACAGAUAAUUUUCUAAGACAUGUAACUUAACAAAACAAAACAGAAAACAAUACAAAGUGCUAAAACAAAUAUUUUGAGUCCACAUGGUAAAAUAGUAACAUUAACGGACAGAACUUUUAAGAAUGGUAUACAUUAUAAAACAUGGAGAUAGACUUUUCUAAAAAGAUAUGUUAUCUUCUCUUUUUAGUCAAAUUUUUAUAUGAGAAUAUAUAUAAGGAAUUUUUAAGAGUCGCGGAAGCACAUCAAAUCAUUGAUAUGCAAACAUUUAAGUUGUCUGGACUUUUUUUUUUCCCCCUUCUUCUUCUUCUUCAUAUUAUGGACCCGGCGUCUACUAUAAAGGGGAUCAAAAUUUACAUAGAACAAAAAUCUGUUUAAAACUCUUAUCCAGAACACAACAGCAAGACAAUGUAAGCAAAACUGAAAUAUGCAUUCCUAUGUAAUGUGGAUUAUAAUGCGGUUAAGUCAUGACCCUGUGGGGCUAGGCUUGGGACAAACAUUUUCGUGGAAAUAAAGAGGAUAAAAUCUUUUUAAAAUCUUACGAAGAACAGUAAUGCUAAUGUAGUUGAGGUGAGCAUUGUGGCCCAUAGGCCUCUUCUUUUAUGUUUACUGUACUCGUUUUAUUCAAGUUUUUAAACAUUAUUUUGCAUAUUUUUUAUUUUAUUUUUGAUAUACAUUAUUUUAGUUUUAUUUGUCACUUUAUCAUAAUCAUGUUUAAAGGGACAUUAGCUGUGAAAGUGAUAGCAACCAUUUCCCCCUAUAAAUCUAUAAAAAAUACAUAAGAGAACCGCUUUUGGUGUAAAGAAAUAUAUAGGGAAGAAUUCUUGUCUUUCAAGACAAUAAUUAUUUAAUCAACAAAAUCACACAUUGAUGAGUCUGCUUUGAGGUUAAAAAGUGUUUGAAAUAAUUAAAUACUGGUGUUUUUACUGAAAUAUAUAAUAUAGAGCAGUUGUCAUUGAAUUCAAUUUAUGGUGGCAAAAUGACAGCUAAUGCCCUUCUAAGUUAAGUCAAACCAAAGGCUUGGAGUAAUGUAUCAUAGAAAGAGAUUAUGGAUUUUAAAGUAAACUUAACCAUUAAAUGUUACAGUAGACUAUCUGUAAUUAUUUUGAAAAAUUUCUUAAAUCUUGAUGAAGAAAAAAUUGAAUGAAAAUUAAAACAUUCUCUACCCAUAUUUUUAGAAUAUACCUCAUAAGAAUUUCAAAAUGAAAAAAAUAAGUUUCUAAUUAUGUAGUGUACCGAACAUUUACAGUUACCAUGGCAACUAAAUGAGUUCAUGAAUCACAAAAAUAUGUUGUUUUUUCGGUACAUUUUCGUUGGGUUUUUUUGUUUUGUUUGUUUGUUUUUAUAAUUUAUUUAUUUUUUGGUCACAUACAAUACAUCAGACACUUACACAAACAUACCUUUCAUACAUGCAUACAUGCUUCAAUCUCCCUGUGGUUUAGGUUACUUGCUGUACAAUAGUGAAAGUAAUAUAAUAACUUUAUUGCGAAAGACAUACAUCUUAUAGCAUUAUAACAAAAUUGAACAUGGAUAAUAAUUACAAAGCUGAAAAUAAACAGCCAAUUCUUUCAAAGACAUCUAGCAUACAAUAGUAUAUAGUAAAUACACUAGUAUAGUGAUAGUAAAAAAGGAGAAUGACGAUACAAAUUACAUAUUAUGGACUGUUCUUAGUUCAAGAGCUCUACAGAUAAAUUUCCCCAAGUUACAGAGUUCUUUAACAUUGUUCACACUUAGUAGUUGUAUAAAUUCGAACAUGGAGGGUUUACUCCAGUAAUACUUCUUCACUAAUUUAGCUCUAAUCUGGCAAUAUACAGGACAGACUAACAAAAAGUGGUAUUCAUCCUCAAUUUCAGUGAUACAUGUUUUACAAAACCUUUUUUCACGUGGUACAUUUUUAUGUCUGCCAGUUUCUAUGGAUAAAUUAUGUGAUGAUAGCCUUAUUUUGGAGAUACCCUUUUUGUACAAUUUAGGAAUAGAUUUUUCUUGGUAAUAUUGCAAGUAAAAAUUAUCAACCAAAUGUUUGUAAAUAGUGCAUUUUGAUUCAUACUGCAUGUUGCUAAGUAAAUUUUGAAUAAAAUGAUCCUUCAAUCUU